AUGUCGAUGAAAGAAAGUGUUAAUGAUCGAUUUGUAUGUCCAAAUGAUCGUCAAUUAGAACUUCGAUCAAAAAUUAAUUCUGGUUGGUCAUUUCGUACAAAUCAUUUACCAUCAAAUUAUCUUUUUAAUAAAAUAUCUCAAAGUGUUAAUAAUAAAUCGUUGACUGAUGAAGAAAUUGAAGAAAUUGAAAAAGUUCUUAAACGUGCUCAACGUAUUGAAAUUGUUGAAGAAGAACGUAUUCGUAAAUUAAUUGAUCAUUUUGAUAAUAUUAAAAAAUGCGCAACUGGUAAUGGUUCAUCUCAAUGUGUUUUAUGUCGUGAUCAAUAUCAUUUAUUAAAUCGAUCAUUUAAUAAAUGUUUUCAUUGUCACAAAUCUGUAUGUAACAAAUGUUCAAUUAAAAUUGAUUUUAAUGAUAAAUUAUUAUCAUUAUGCAAAAUUUGUAGUGAAUAUCGUCAAUUAUGGAAAAAAUCAGGUGCUUGGUUUUAUGGUAUCUUACCUAGACGCUCAACUAUAAAAUCAUCUUCAUCACUUCCAUCAUCAGAAUAUAUUAGAAAAAAUAAUAGACAAUCAAUUUCUGAUCAAACAAGUUCAGAUGAUGACGAUCAAAGGAUUUCGGAUAGAUUUAAUAAAGAAUAUUCGUCUAAGAAUAUUUUAUUUAAAUAA